AUGAAGGUAAUUUUCGCUGUUUGCGUUCUCUUCGUUGGUGUUUAUUGUGUACCUGUGCUCGAUGAACAACUCAAUAAUGAAUGGGCUUUAUUCAAACGUGUUCAUCAAAAACAAUAUAACUCUGUUGAAGAAGAAGCUAAUCGUCGAACCAUUUGGGAAGCUAACCUUGUUAAAAUCCGAAAACAUAAUCUUGAAGCUGAUUUAGGUAUUCAUACCUACACUUUAGGAAUGAACCGAUUUGGUGACAUGACUCAUGAAGAAUUCAAAAAACAAAUGAAUGGAUUCAGAAUGCCAGCUACCACUCAAACAGAUGAAUUCGAUCGUCACACAUUCUUAGCACCAUCAAAUGUUGCCAUUCCAGAUGCUGUUGAUUGGCGCAAACAAGGUUAUGUAACACCAAUUAAAGAUCAAGGUCAAUGUGGAUCAUGUUGGGCUUUCUCAGCUACUGGUUCACUUGAAGGUCAACAUUUUGCCAAAACGAAAAAACUCGUUUCACUUUCUGAACAAAACUUGGUUGAUUGCUCAGACAAAUUCGGUAACAUGGGAUGUGAUGGUGGUUUGAUGGAUCAAGCUUUUCAAUAUAUUAAAGCUAACAAAGGUAUUGAUACUGAAGAUAGCUACCCAUAUGAAGCUCGUGAUGGACGAUGCCGAUUCAAAAAAGAAAAUAUUGGCGCCACUGAUACUGGCUUUGUUGAUAUUAAAUCAAUGAACGAAACCGCUCUUCAAACUGCUAUUGCCACUGUUGGUCCAAUUUCAGUCGGUAUCGAUGCUUCACAAGAUUCAUUUCAAUUCUACAGUUCAGGUGUUUACAAUGAACCAGAUUGCUCAUCAACAGAACUUGAUCAUGGUGUCUUAGCUGUUGGUUACGACAAAUCAGGCAAACAAGAAUACUAUAUCGUUAAAAACUCAUGGGGAACAUCGUGGGGUCAAGAAGGUUACAUCUGGAUGAGUCGUAAUAAGAAAAACCAAUGUGGUAUUGCUACAGCAGCCAGCUAUCCUCUUGUUUAA